AUGGAUGCAGCAUCAUCAAUGGCAUCGAUGAAAGCCUUCAAUACCCUUUCCGUUUCCAUUUUCCAACCAUGUACAAACCCAUCAUCAUCCUUAGCUCCAUCAAUGGUGUUGACCAAACCCAACAUGCUCGCACUUCAACAUUCCUCAAACUCUGUCCGUAGCAACAACAUUAUUCCUUCUUUCCCACGUUGCUCCACAAAACCAGAUACCAGCACGGACAGUGAGACAGAAAGCAAAUCAAAGGGUGAAGAUUCAGUUUCUAAAUGCCAAAAGGCUUCGGAAUCAGAUACAAGUGAAGCAUUUUCUAAUUCUUCUUCUUCUUCUUCUUCUUCACAAUUAUCUUCUUCAUCAUAUGCAUCCAGAGGGUUGGUGUUUGAUUUGGGUCCUUCAACUUCGUGGGACAGUGCAGAAAUUGGGUCGCCAGUGCUUAAGAGGUUUCUCAGCGAUGAAGAAGAGAGAUGGUUUAUGUGGUAUUAUGGAAGGUCUAGCGGGAACCCAUCUUGUGAUUUGAUUGGUUUAGCAAUUUCAAGUAAUGGGGUUCACUGGGAGAGAGGGGGAGGACCUGCUAGAUCAAGUUUAGGUGUGGGGUUUGUGAUGAAUUGUGGUAGGGAAUGGUGGGAAUUUGAUACAGAGGGUAUUAGGCCUUCUGAGGUGGUGAUUAUGUGUAGUUCAUGGGUUAGAGCUUCCAGUGCUGUUUACUGGCUUUAUUACACUGGCUACAGCUCUGAGAAGGUAAUUUUUUUUGAUAAUUCUCUGGAAUUCAAUUUGGAAAAUCCAUAUAGGUAUUUCAUUAAUGAUGGUGUAAAUUAUGGAAAUUGUGGGUGUGUGAAAAUUCUCAAGUCCUUACCGGGUUUGGCUGUCAGUCAAGAUGGGAGGCAUUGGGCUAGAAUUGAUGGAGAACAUCAUAGUGGAGCUUUGUUUGAUGUUGGAUCAGAGAAAGAGUGGGACUCUUUGUUUAUUUCAUCUCCACAAGUUGUUUGCCAUUGCAAUGGUGACCUCAGGAUGUAUUAUUAUUCAUUUGAUGUGGAAAAAGGGCACUUUGCUAUUGGGCUUGCAAGGUCAAGGGAUGGAAUCAGGUGGGUGAAGUUGGGGAAAAUAAUGGGAGGAGGAAAAUCUGGUUCUUUUGAUGAGUUUGGAGUAAUGAAUACAAGUGUGAUUAGGAAUUGGAGAAAUGGGAACUAUGUUAUGGCAUAUGAAGGUGUUGAUGCUGAUGGGAGAAGGAGUAUUGGUAUGGCUAUUUCUCCUGAUGGACUCAAGGAAUGGGUUAGGGUUCAAGAUGAAGCAAUUCUAAAGCCAUCAGAUAAAGGUUGUUGGGAUGAUAAGGGUGUGGGAUCCCCAUGUUUAGUUCAAAUGGGAACAGAAGCAAAUCAAUGGAGGUUGUAUUAUAGAGGAGUUGGAAAUGGAGGAAGAGCAGGGAUAGGAAUGGCAGUGUCUGAAGUGAGUGACAUGAGGAGUUUUAGAAGAUGGACAGGUUUUCUUGUAUAA